AGGAAGGCGAGCGUUUGGCACGCCCGCCUAUGUGGCGAGGCAUUUCCUUAACGUAACCUGCGCGUGGAGGGAAGGAAAUAAGGUGUACGACCCGUAGUUCUACGUUGCUCUCGUUUCCAUUUGUUGAUCCGCCUUUAUUCUUUACCAGCUGCUGUUUUUAGAAGUUUUGCGCCAGCGUAUUGUGCCAGCAAAAGGUGACUGGACUUGUUGUGCCUACCUUCCCUCUGAGUUAUCGUCCGACGAUGUUUCAGCCGACGUGCUAGAAGAACAAUUGUUGCUACCUUUAUUCUGUUCCGUUGCUACGUCUACCACGCAAGUGCAACACGACAUGGCUUCGAGACCGAGCACGAUGUCACCUCCCGGCAAGCCGGGCGACCGCCCGACUUCUUCCUCGUCUCUACCGCCGGCAGAGGACGAACCCGCACCGCUGUCCAACUUUGCGCAAUGGGUGCAGCGUGUCAUUCUCGCGCUCGGGGUAACCGUUGGUGAAAAGGAGUUGCAGUUGGCCGGCAUGGUGGAAGAAGCGACCACAGAUACGGUUUUUGGAUCGCUUUCCCUCGUUUUCAUGAUUCUGCAGCAAAACAUUACAGCCUGGACAGACGUUAGAAAAGAGGCGGGUGAUUUUAAAGUGAUUUUAUAGAGAGGGGGCGCGUUAGGUCUUUGAUUUUCCAAGCUCGCCGGCCUUGCCUGCACUAGGCGCGUGGUGGGUAUUUGCCUGAGUAGGCUAAGGAAUUGCGGCGGGCACUGCAUUGUGUCGGCGCUGUUUGUCCGGUGGAUUUCGAAAAAAAACACGUCGCAAAAACAUCGCGAGCAACACGAAAAGAACGCGCUUUCAACACCACUGCGCUUUUCUUCUUUCGCUUAUGAAUUUGCUUCGUCGUUUUUGUGCGUGGAUGUUGCAAAAGGCCAGCCAAAAAAAAACACCGAGCGCCAUCGUGAAUAAUUUUAAACCGCAUGCUACGGCGUCAUCUUAAAAAAGCCGCUGUUUUGCGGGUCCAAAAAGUUGCACAAAAGUUGCUGGUGACUUUACAACAAAAAAAGAUGCUUUGGCUCUCCAUUUUGGAGCCAAAAUAUCGACCAUAGCGUGCGGGUUGCCGGGACGCAGCCCGUAAAGUCACCGCAAAGUCACCCUAAAGUCACCGCUAAAGUCACCAACAUCCGGACGGCAAAAAUUCCAAACCCAAUCCGCAUUGCAAAUUGCCGACUUGGCCGAGUAGAAUUCGCAUCGAAAAAGUGCCAAUCUCGGUGGUAGUAGGGACAUCGGCAAGACUUAGCGGCGUCAGUUUUGGUCUCGUGUGCCGAAAAAAGCAGCGCAAAAAUUGAGAGCGCUCGCCGCGUUGCAAAUUGCGCAUUUUGCCUUCAGAAUUUUUAAAAAUUAUGCCUCAAAUGCCGAUGGUAUGGUGCUUGUUUUUUGGCCCUCCUUUGUCUCCUCUUGUUGGUAUCUUCUCCUUUGCUCUCAGGGACAAAAGUAGAGAAAUCUUCUGAAGGCCAUGAGGCGUCUUUUUUUCGGCACCAUGCUUGAGAGUAUAGCCCUAAAAUCACUGGAAAAUCACCUAUAGAGAGUCUAACGGGUGUCCAAGCUCUAAGCAAAACAGCGACACGCGCGGCAGUCUCUGUCUGUACUACCUGGAAAAUGUCCUGUACGCGCACCCAAAUGCGUUGGCUUUAUACUUCACGCCCGACAUGGUCCCUAUUCUGUUUUCCACCAGUGGCGACGGCGGUGGAGAUGACCUGCGUGCAGGGGUGCUACUCUGGCGGCUGCUGAAGUACAAGUACGAGUCCUCCGGGCAGACCUACCCGUGCGAAUUGGAGGCGUACAAGCUUCUGCGCAUUUUGGAAAAGAGGAACAGCACGAAAGUGGUUCGAAAAUUUUCGCCCUCCUGCAUCCGGUACAUUCUGGUGAAAAUUUGGGCCGACAUUGAGCCAUCCCGGCGCGUCGUGGAAAAAUUAUCGGACCGCCAGCGGCGGGAAGACGAGAUGAAUGGGAAGUUCAAUAGCCCGGUAAACACCAAAUCUAAGCCUCAGCUCGCUGACGACCACCCGGCGGACGACUUGUCGUUCGUGAGGCCAAAGAAACAAAACACGACGGCGGUCACGAACCCCACGACCGUCAUGCUGGACGUCUGCAUGCACUGGUUGGCGGAGACGGAGGAGCCGCCGGAGAGCAAAGCGCCGCUGCUGGAGCUGCUUCGAUCGGUCGUCAAGGGCCAGAGCGCGGUGGAAAUGACGUCCCAGCUCCUGACCCGGUUCUUCGCGCUGCUUUCCUCAACCGCGGUCACGGGGUCUUUGUCGGACGACCUGCAGUUUUCGCUCGCAUUGGUCGACUGGGCGGAGAUCGGGGCGAUUUUACCCGCUCUGUUGCAGCCGUUUGGGGAGGACAAACUGGUCGCGAUUUGGACGUUCCUCUGCACCAUGCACCCCGUGAAACUCCCCGAGCCACUGCAGAUCAACCCGUCCUGGCACUUCUUCAAGGCGGAACAGCCAUUAAUUCGCUUCCAGAAGCUGCUCGCGCAGCACUUCUUCCAGCGGAGCUACCGUUUAGGUGGGUCAGCCUUGGCGGUGCUGCUGUCGUUAGCCACGACGGAACAAACCGGUGUCGUCGCCGUGCGUUUGUUGGACGAGCUUGGCGUCGCAGGAAACUACGAAACGUUUCUCCGGGCGUUGCGCGAGAAAGCGGCAAUCCAUUUGGAGGUUUUGGAUGACGACGACGAGGAGGAGAAGGAGGAAGGGGGAAAUUUUUAUGCAGGUGGCUCGUCCAUGUUUAAGAAAGGACCCGCCGCACUGAUCCAGCAGAUUGACGUCGCCUUGGGUGAAGAACAACCAGCACCGCCAGCAGCAAACACAUCAAGCUUUAGACCGCGAAGCGAAAGCGAGCUGAAUUUGCUCGGGCGAAAAAUUCAUCCAUCCGAUAUAAUCGCCGGUGGGGGCGCCGCAACAUCAUCUUCAGCCGUUUUUGGAAAUCAUGAGCACCGGCCAAACAAGCUUUCGGCACUUUUCAGCGAGUGCUUUCAGUCCGUGCCGAACGCGGCGAGAAACACGUUCUUGCUGCAGAAACAGAAUCAACACCUGCUCGCCGAAAAGCUGCGGUCUGCGAACCAGAACAAACUGAAGCAGUUGAACCAGCACGCGGUCGACCGCGGCACGCUGGAAUUGAACGAGCUUUUUCGGGAAAAUCUAGCGUUGACGCAGCAGAUUUCCUGGAAACAGAUGGAGAUCGCAAAUGAAAACUUGAAGUCUUGGGAGAAACUGCAGAAGGGCAUCGAGGAGGAGGAGAGGCAGAACGCCGCCUCGCCGAAAAAGCGGAAGCCCGCACCUCUGCCCGCCCAGUACCGCUUCAUUUCGCCCGCCGAGGCCGGGCCGCAGAUUCGGAUGGGGCUGCCAGACGAUUCCGCGAGCGUGCAGUUUGGGCAGUCACGGUCGGGGAUACGGAACAGCAACAAUACCUGCUUUGUGAAUACGGUUUUGCAAGCGUUAUUCCACACCGACGCGUUCGUCUCGACCUUGUUUCGUUUCCGGCUCCGUCAGCCGGACCGGUCCGUCGACGAGGCGCAGUACCAGCUCGGGGCAGAACUCCUGCGGCAGUUGCAAUUUUUGUUCGGCAUGUUGCUGAUCACGGCGAGGCCGCACGUCGACAUCGAGAGCCUGCUCAGCGUUUUACCCUCCGUCGAGUUUCCCAAGGGAGAGCAGCAGGACGCGGGCGAAUUUCUGCGGUUCCUGUUCGACAAGCUCGGCGGGUUUCAGCAGGGCCUGAUCCGGCAAAGUUUCGCGGGGGAGUUGAGCGAAGUCACGAAGUGCGCGGACUGCGGCUACGAGAAACGACGCCCGGAAACCUUCACGGAGAUCAUUCUGCCGGUGCCGGACGUUCCGGGGAAGAGCGUCCAGCAAUUACUCGGGGAAAAGUUAGACCGAAAGCGGAUGCAGGACGCGCUCACCUGCAGCCAGUGCGGCAGCAAAAACUGCCCUGAGACGUGGAGCGAGAUCCGCAGCCCGCCCCGGCAACUGGUGAUCGCCUUGAUCCGCUUCGAUUUCCGCAUGGACCAGGGGGGCUUGGUGAAACUGAAGACGCCGGUGCAGAUCUCGCAGACGCUGCAAUUGGGCCAGUUUGCGUACGAGUUUUACUUCAGUAUCCAGCACUGCGGCGCCACCGCGGACUCGGGACACUACACGGCGUUUGGGAAGCGCAGCGACGUCAGCGCGAAUGCCGGAGGUGGGACGACCUACUGGAAAUUCGACGAUUCGCAAGUGAAACCCUCGUCCUGGGCGGAGCUCCAACAGAUGGCGUCAGGGUCUUCGGACGACACGCCUUACUUGCUGUUUUACCGCUGCGCGUCCGCACCCGUGGAACCGGACCCCUUGCUGCCGGCAAUGUACCUUGACAUGUUGCAACAGGAAGACAGAAGGCAGAUUCAAAUGACCAGCUGAUUGUGGAAGUGCGAAGGCAAACUCGUUGUGCUACGAGUUUGGCCUCUGAAGGAAUAUCAAUAUGAAUAUUUCAAUCGAUAAGUUGUACAGCGCUAUAAUAAAAUAUGUUGACAGUUCCAGGUUGACAGUCGCUGGAACAUGACGAAAACCUUAGAGCGAGGUAACAAAUGUGCCGUUAACUCGCGCCCGCGAGUUAAGCCUCCGGCCGGCCGGCCGGGCGGUUAGCUCGCAGUUUGAGCCGGUCUCAACUUCUUAACCGACCCAAUUCUCUCGGUUUGAGACCGAAGACUCUGAACCGGUCUCAACUUCUCUCGGUUUGAGACCGGCUCAAACCGCGAGCUAACCGCCCGGCCGGCCGGCCGGAGGCUUAACUCGCGGGCGCGAGUUAACGGCACAUUUGUUACCUCACUCUUACAAUAAAGGGCAUUUCAAUUCAAGUAUGCGGGCCUCGCGAUUGCAAGGCAGCGUGGUGACCCUGAGCGUCGAUAGUGUUUUCUCAAAGACAUUCGUGUCAAAGCACGCCGCUUUCUUCACAAUGUAACUAAACGCGUA